AUGGACGACGCAACGCCCAGCGCGCACACUCGCAGGCGCAGGACCGCCUCAACCGAGAACGCCACCGUCGAGGUCGUGAUCCCAGCCUCACCGCCUUCGUCUUCCAACAAAGCCGCAACAAGCAGGACCAAGAAAGGUCCAAAAGCGAGCUCGAGUCGGGAUACCAUCAAGUCGCCAUCUCCGACGAGCGAGCCGCCCAGGAAGACACGAACUCGUCGAAACUCAGCCAAAGAUGACAGCGCCGUAGCGAAGGCAGACGAAAAUCAAGGCUCUUCUUCCAGGACGGACGAAACGAGCACGGUCGCCCCGACUGCUUCGAGCGGAAUCAAAGAGGCGGCACCAUCUGAAGCAAGCGGACUCGCCGCAAAGUCCUCCUCUAGCAAAGCAUCCAAUUCAAAAGGCGCGUCUCGCUCGGCACGCAAAACACCUCCAGCAAUCAAGAAGCCCGUCGAUCUCGCCAAGGAACUCUUCGACGACGAGGAAGAGGAAGGAGCAGCAACAGCAGCAGCAGCAUCUGAGGCUCAAAUCAGCAACGACGUGCAGGCAGGCGAGGUUGAAGUAGUGAUCCCAUCCCGCAAGCGCAGACGAGCCGGAUCAGAUGAUUCUCACGUUGAAUCGCAGCCAAGCUCUUCGUCCUUCACCACUGCUGUUGAGGGCGAUACUGCGCCGCGCAUCAAUGCUUCAGAUGCUGUCUCACUUCAGCUCCGAAUUCGCCAACUCGAGAUACAGCUGGUCGAGGCCAAAGCCAAAGUGGAGCAGGGCGCCGGCAUCAUCCACGCUCAGCAAGCCAUCUUCCAAGACCUCCACGGUCAGUGCGUCUGCCACAUCUGUCUCGAGCCAGCCUUCCGCCCGAAUGUCCUGGCUCCGUGCGGCCACGUCUUUUGCGUCCACUGUCUCCAUUCUUGGUUCACCAAGCCCAGAGCAGGCGAGGCGACGGCUCCCGAAGGCUGGUCACAGGCCGAGAUCGAACGCUACCAACGUACGCGCACGCUCAACCGCAAGAAGAUCUGUCCGUCCUGUCGAACCGAACUCGCCUGUCCUCCUGUCGAGGUGUAUCUUGUCCGGGACAUGCUCGAGAAGGUCGACCAAGGACUCAAGCUCAGCAAAGAUGCCACCGACGUCGUCGACUCGGACAUGGCUGAAUCGAGCAACGCCAUCCUGUCGGUCGAUGAUAAGGUGCGCGAGAGGGGAGAUGAUCUACCCAAGGGCGCCAAGCUGUGGGAAGACAUCUUUCAUCAAGACGGUCCACGCCGCAUCAUCUUUGACGAGAUGGAUGGCGUUCCUCGUUGCGGCAACUGUGCAUCCGAGAUCUUUGACGGGGCAUGCAGCAAUCCUUCGUGCGGCAUCGAGUACGACUCGGACGACGAGGACCUCCAACGCGGGCACUUUGAUGACAUGGGCGACUUCGAUUCGGACAUGGAUGAGGACGACGACGAUGGCGAAGGUGGUCCACGUCGACCUCGAGGCAACGGAACGCUUCGCGAUCGCAUCGCCGAAUUUGAAAGGCGCCAUGGCGGAUCCGAGGGUCUCCACCGCGGCGGCAACCGGCUCGAUCUGCCGGAUGACUUUACGGGCAUCACUUACGUCGAUUCAUCGGACAACGAGCAUUUGGUGGAGGACCAUACCGGGGAGAUGCGUCGACUCGGGCGCAGACACGGCGGUCGCCACAACGGGGAUGACGAGAUUGACAUUGACGAUGACGAUGAAGACGACCUGGACGGCUUCAUCGUACGGGACGACAUGUCCGAUGCUGAUGGUGGAAUCACUGAUCGGCACAUCGACGACUGGCUCGAUGCAACUGCCAGCGAUGAGGACGGCAGCAUGGCUGACGGAUUCGCACGCUAUCGCGACGACGAGGAGGAUGACUUCAUCCCUGGGCCUCGUCGCGGCGGCCGCGCCGAAGCCAUUGAGAUCUCCGACGACGAGGACGAGGAGAGGGACUCGAGCGUGGAGUUCAGAGGCCGCGGUGAUCGUCGAGGCCGGGGUCGGGGUGAGACGUACGCCCUGACUGAGAGCGAUCUGGACGAAUUCAGCUCUACAGAGUCAGAGAGCGGCACCGAGGAGGAGACCGCCGGGAGACGCGGAAACCUCAACAGCAGCACGGACAGCAGCGCUCGCCGUCGAAGGGCUCGCAUCGUCGAUGAUGACGAAGACGAGUCGGAUUAG